AACAAGACAUUUCAUAUGUAGCACUACACCUUAACAAUUUCUACCUAUAAUAUAACCCUGUCGUGUAUAUUAAUCAUAAAUCUUUUUCCAUACCCUAUAACUAUAAGUCUAUAUAAUCUAUCUCCACUUUACUCAUUCAUUCAUCAGCAUUGAAAAAAAUGUAUUUCAGAGCUGCGUCACCACACAUGCUGCUAGUGUUAGCAAUAACAAUGGUGGUGGUUAUGCAUGCAAUGGGUGACUCAGCCCAAGAGAAACAGAAAUGUGCGGAAUCUCUGACAGGGGUUGCAACGUGUCUGCCAUAUUUGGGUGGUGAGGCAAAAGCACCAACUGCAGAUUGUUGCAGUGGUCUCACACAAGCCAUGAAGAGCAACAAGAAGUGUAUCUGCGUUAUUCUCAAAGACAGGGAUGAUCCUGACCUCGGUUUGAAGAUUAACAUUACAAUUGCUGUUGGUCUUCCUUCGCUUUGCAAAACACCUGAUAAUCUCUCACAGUGUCCUGCACUUCUGCACUUGGAUCCUAAAUCACCUGAAGCUCAAGCUUUUAAUCAAAAGGGUCAGAACAACAAUGGUGACUCUGCUAGUCCUUCUCCGAGUCCUUCUGCUAGAGCUAGUUCUGAAAAUGGUAGAAACCAGGGGAUAGAUGAAACUGUCACAGGAAAGAAUGGUGCAUCUUAUAAAAGAAAGAGAUUGUUAGAAAGAUUUGUUGCAGCUGCAGUUGCAGGGCUUGUAAUUUUGCUUUUUUGAGCUUAGUUCAGAUGCUACCAAAUAUAGUUUCAGUGAUAAAUAAAUGAGAUUAAUUUGGCUUAUGAUUUGAUAUAAUGGAAAUUGUGGAUGAGAAUGAUUUUGA